GAGGUUUACAAAAGUGCACCCGCAGACGCUUAACCUUGUAUUACAAGUAUAGUUAACCCAUCUCAACCUCCACAUCACAGCGUGGUGCCACAAAAUGGGAUUAUCCCUUUAUCGGCUUAAGUGGCAACGGCAUUUUAUAAUUAAGACUGCGGGGGAAAUCGUUACUAACUAUUUUUAUCCUCUCCUGACGAAAAUAAUCAAUAACACCUAAAAUACAAACAGAUCGAGAAUGGAUAGCCAUCUCACGUCCGAUAUAAAUCAUACUGCAUAAUUAAAGAUUCAACGAGACGCUUAUGUGGACUAACCGCGUUCCUCCAAGAAUUAAACGCUGGACUCGAGCAGUUUGACGCCCGUCUCUCUCACCUGGAGUGAAUUAGCGUGGUCGGAGUGAAUUAGCGUGGUCGGAGCGACCGCGUUCGCGGUUACGGUGCCUGGCUUCGCUCUGAGGGAGGAGACAGCGAGGCGCUUUCUAUUUCAUUGGGCGACGAGCGCAGCAUCUCAAUGCAACACUCCGUCGGGGUCGGAGCAAAAUUAUUCUGUGAAUGCUUAAAUCACAGCCAGGGCACAGAGCAGACUGACAGGAACCUCCAUCCACCAUUUUACCUGUUUUUUUUUUUUUUACCAUUACAAAUGGGGUGCAUUUGUAUGCUUUAACCAAUGGAAGCCGCAGUGAUGAAACCUCAAAUGAUGGCGGAUAUCAACUGCAACAAUAACGCUGUGAACGCGGAGCUGGAGGUGAAAAAGCUGCAAGAACUGGUUCGCAAACUGGAGAGACAGAACGAGCAGCUGAGGACCCGGGCGAACGCCGUGAACAGCUGCACCGCCAGUCCCCACAGUCUACAGUCCUCGCCGGCCUGUCUACUCGGGAGUCCCGUCGGAGCAGCCGCUGGCCCGCUCUUCGCGGGGAGUUAUUGUGUCCCAAGCCCGGUACCCACACUCCUGUGCCCGUCCGCUCUGAACCCAUAUUGCGCAUCCGAGGAGCCGUACGCUUACUUCCACCCGCACGCGGCAGCCGAGACCGAGGCGGAGGACGGCGGCGGCACAGAACCCACGGUCUUUGAUGAGGUUGAGAUAUUAGACCUAGAGUCCAUAUUCCCUUGCAACGAAGAGUCCGAAGAUAUCUGGUUGUACUUGCCUCCGAAGAGCAGGCUUUGGACAGAGCGCUCCCUCAGUCCCCUGCAGUGGUGCAGGCAGGUUCUGGAUAACCCCAGACCGGAGGUGGAGGCUGCCAGACGUUCCCUGGUGCAGAGACUGGAGCAAGCCCACAGGUGGAGGGGUGUCUACUCCAGCCCUGUGAGUCCUGCCCUCCCCUACAGCCCCGUAGCCGGAGUCCCCCCCCUCUGCCACACCUGCAAACCCUCCUCUAAGCCUGCACUAACCCAGCCAACGCCAGCAUCAUUCCCCCCAUCCAGCCAUUCCCCACCCCAUGUGACUCAGACAGCCAAUGGGAAGGACUCCCCCGGUGUAGGCGAGAGAGCUCCCUCCUUCCUCAAUCACGCCACCCGUCACAGUCGUGGCCAUCGCCGGCCCCCCCUCAGUCCCCAGUCCUCCGUCGACAGCGAGCUGAGCGCCUCGGAGCUGGACGAAGACUCCAUCACCAUGGGCUACAAGCUGCAGGACCUGACGGACGUGCAGGUCAUGGCGAGGCUGCAGGAGGAGAGCCUGCGCCAGGACUACGCCUCCACCUCCAGCUCGGGCUGCCGGCGCAGCUCCAGCUUCUCCCUGCGCUCGGGCCGGUGGGACGUGCUCAGCGAGCAGGACGUGGAGGAGGAAGACGAGGAGUAUGACCAGCUGCCGCCCCCCCAGCCCCGGCUAGCCCGCGGGGGGGGCCUGCAGCGCAGCCUGUCCCACUCACACACCUUCUCCAGCCUGAGGGACUGCCACCGCAGCCCGCCCGCCCCCCAGUACCUCAGCAGCCUGUCCCAGCAGCACUCCAGCCCCCCCACGCCCGGCUGCCUGCCCGAGCCUCACAACAGGGCCUCCGCAGGAUCUGCUGUUUGGAAUCAAGCUGAAUACGAGAAUAAGCUCCGGAGAAGCAUGCCUAACCUGGUGCGAGCUCCCAGCAUGCCGAGCGUCCCGGGCGUGCCGCCCGUCCCGUCCCCUGCCGGUCCGAUGGGCUCCCCUUCCUCCAUCCGUAACAGCCAGAGCUUCGAGUCGUCCAGCGCCCUCACGCGGCUCCAGUCCUCCAUUCCAUCUCCGGGUCAACUCCAGCACAGAGUCCACAGUGUGGGGAACUUCCCGGUGUCGUCGCGGCAACCUCUGAAGGCCACGGCCUACGUCAGCCCCACUGUGCAGGGCAGCAGCACCGUGCCCACGUCCGUCAGCCUGCACUCCAUCUUCAGCAGCAGCAUCCCGCUGCCCAACAAACCCGCCACCCCGGCCACCCCCGGCCGCAGCGCCCUGCCGCGACCCGCCUCCAUCGUGGGGACCAGCGCCAUUCCCCGCAGCAAAAUAGCCCAGCCCGUGCGCAGUUUACUGACGCCCCCAAAAAGCCUGGCCGCCCUCAGUGCCCUGCGGGACAGCAGCUGGAGGGACGGGUGCUACUGACGGGGGGGGGGGGGGGGGC